UUCCGAUGCAUCGAUAUUUUUUACAUCUCUAGUUUCUGUUGCAUGAUUAAUAUUUGCAUUUUUUUGUAAAUAAGUGGAGUAGCCUUCCAAAUAGAGAAUUUCAGUUAUUUCAAUAAAAUAAGUAUUCACGACAUUAGGACGUAUUUGUCGUAAACAUGAUUCCAAAGAAAACAUUUGUGAAAGAUGCACACAUCGUGAAAAUCGCUGUGGAGUUGGAGAAUCACUUGCCGCAGCUUAUAAAUUUGGAUCAGCGACAGCCUUUAACAGGUAAGAUACAAGAAAUAUGUAGUUGUUGGGGUAUUGUCGAUCCGGAGAACUAUGCUUUGCAAUUUUGUGAUGUAAAUAAUCAAAAAUAUGUCACUGAGAAAAAUCGCAAUGAAAUAAAAAAUGGGUCAGUAUUGCGACUGCAGUACUCACCUUCGAAAACUGCAAAUGACACGCUGGAAUCAUUGCGCAGCGGGUCGACAAUGGAGAAGACAAAAUGUCUAAAACAACUCGCCACACUAAGUAAAGAUCAUACAUUUGCCAUGGAAUUCAUAAAAGAGCAGGGUUUAGGUAUAAUCAUAAAUAUGAUAGAGGAUUCUGCGCAAAAAGAUGACGAUAUACUCAAGUACAGCUUGGCCAGCUUUGUUGAGCUAAUGGAGCAUGACACAAUUUCAUGGGAAAUAUUGCAAAGCACUUUUGUUCAGCGCAAUAUUUACAUAGUUUGUAAUUUUCAACAUUUCUCCAAAGAAUGUACACAAAGUGCGCUUUCCAAUUUGGAGAAUAUCGUACAAAAUAGCAGCAAGUAUGUACUAGUGGAAAAAGAAGUCACACUACAAGAUCUACUGCAUCUACUACAAGAUGCCAAUUCGGCGACAAUUCAACAGAAUGCUAUAGCCCUCAUCAAUGCACUGUUUAUAAAGGCGGAUGAGGCACGCAAACGACAAAUUGCGCACACGAUUAGCGCCAAGCCAUACCGGUUGGCUUUGAUUGGCAACGCAUCGGGUCGUCAAAUGGAGAUGACGCAUCAAUUGUAUGUUUUGCAAACACUCACUUUGGGUUUACUAGAGCAAAGAAUGCGCAUGAAAAUGAAUGCACAAGAUCAGGAUGCACAUGAGAAAAUUAAAGAAUUGCGACGUAUUGCAUUUGACGAUUAUUCUGGGCAAAUGGGAUUAGGCGAUGAACAGUUGAGGCGCAGUGGGGGCGGUUCAGGCGGUGGUAAUGUGAAUUUUUCGCAAUAUUACAAGAAACUUGGUUUCAAAUGUGAUAUCAAUCCCGCACAGGACUUCAUUGAAACGCCACCGGGUAUUUUGGCUUUGGAUUGCAUGGUUUACUUUGCACGCACCUAUACACAACAGUAUACAAAAAUUGUGCAUGAGAACUCAUGUCGCGCUGAUGAGCAUGAAUGUCCUUUCGGCCGCACCUCUAUCGAGUUGGUGAAAGUGCUAUGCGACAUAUUGCGGAUUGGUGAACCACCAGCCGAACAAUCUGCGGAUUUUCAACCAAUGUUUUUCACACAUGACCAUCCUUUUGAGGAAUUCUUUUGCAUUGGUAUUAUAACAUUAAAUCGCACAUGGAAAGAUAUGCGCGCUACAGCUGAGGAUUUUCAAAAAGUGUUUAGCGUUGUCCGCGAACAAAUAACGCGCACACUUAAGGAACGUCCGGAGAAUCUGGAAGAGUUUCGCGCAAAAAUUGCUUUACUUACCUAUCAAACCAUAACUAAUUUACGUCAACAGGAGCGUACAUCAAAAGAGGAAUGCGAUUCAACUGCAUCUGCUAUUGUCAAAUUGAAAGAAAAGAUCUCACCUCAUAUACUCGACUUAAUAAAACAACAGCGACUCUCAUAUUUGGUAGAAGGCACACGUUUUUCGAAAUACUCACGCGGUACACGCUCCAAAGACAAAUUCUGGUAUGCUCGCCUCUCGCCUAAUCACAAAGUGAUACACUAUGGCGAUUGCGAUGAGAAAACCGUGCCAACGCUUGAAGAACUCACCAACAAAAUAGCUGUUAUCGAUAUUAAACAACUACUCGAAGGCAAAGAAUGUCCACAUAUGAAAGAAAUGCGUACACGCAAAAAUGCCGGCAAUCUGGCUUUUUCCAUAACGCUCGAUAGCAUGGAGAAUACAACUCUGGACUUUGUGGCGCCCGAUGAGACCACGUUUCAUUACUGGACAGAUGGUAUAAAUGCUUUGUUGGGUCAGGAAAUGACAAGCAAACAAAAGAAAGAAGAUUUCGAUACACUUCUAUCGAUGGAAAUCAAAUUGCGUUUACUGGACACGGAAGGUGUGGACAUCAGUAAAGAUCCGCCACCAAUACCUGAAGACCCGGAAAAUUAUGAUUUCUGUUUUGAGAGCUAGAGUAUUUUAUGAGGAUCCUGCAUACGAGUAUGUAUUAGUGGUGUGUGCUGAGAAUACGAAACGCAACAAAAAAUAAAAAUAAGAUUUCAAAAAAAAA